UCUGCCCAGAGAUGAUGUCCUUCCUGUCCUCGGAUGCGCAGAGCUUGGUCGGGUCCGCGGAAGACGUGCAGUCCAGCGCCGGCACCCUGCGGACAGAUCGUCGAGACGGUGCAGGGCCCACGCUAGGAGGGCCUCCGUUCUGCCCAGAGAUGAUGUCCUUCCUGUCCUCGGAUGCGCAGAGCUUGGUCGGGUCCGCGGAAGACGUGCAGUCCAGCGCCGGCACCCUGCGGACAGAUCGUCGAGACGGUGCAGGGCCCACGCUAGGAGGGCCUCCGUUCUGCCCAGAGAUGAUGUCCUUCCUGUCCUCGGAUGCGCAGAGCUUGGUCGGGUCCGCGGAAGACGUGCAGUCCAGCGCCGGCACCCUGCGGACAGAUCGUCGAGACGGUGCAGGGCCCACGCUAGGAGGGCCUCCGUUCUGCCCAGAGAUGAUGUCCUUCCUGUCCUCGGAUGCGCAGAGCUUGGUCGGGUCCGCGGAAGACGUGCAGUCCAGCGCCGGCACCCUGCGGACAGAUCGUCGAGACGGUGCAGGGCCCACGCUAGGAGGGCCUCCGUUCUGCCCAGAGAUGAUGUCCUUCCUGUCCUCGGAUGCGCAGAGCUUGGUCGGGUCCGCGGAAGACGUGCAGUCCAGCGCCGGCACCCUGCGGACAGAUCGUCGAGACGGUGCAGGGCCCACGCUAGGAGGGCCUCCGUUCUGCCCAGAGAUGAUGUCCUUCCUGUCCUCGGAUGCGCAGAGCUUGGUCGGGUCCGCGGAAGACGUGCAGUCCAGCGCCGGCACCCUGCGGACAGAUCGUCGAGACGGUGCAGGGCCCACGCUAGGAGGGCCUCCGUUCUGCCCAGAGAUGAUGUCCUUCCUGUCCUCGGAUGCGCAGAGCUUGGUCGGGUCCGCGGAAGACGUGCAGUCCAGCGCCGGCACCCUGCGGACAGAUCGUCGAGACGGUGCAGGGCCCACGCUAGGAGGGCCUCCGUUCUGCCCAGAGAUGAUGUCCUUCCUGUCCUCGGAUGCGCAGAGCUUGGUCGGGUCCGCGGAAGACGUGCAGUCCAGCGCCGGCACCCUGCGGACAGAUCGUCGAGACGGUGCAGGGCCCACGCUAGGAGGGCCUCCGUUCUGCCCAGAGAUGAUGUCCUUCCUGUCCUCGGAUGCGCAGAGCUUGGUCGGGUCCGCGGAAGACGUGCAGUCCAGCGCCGGCACCCUGCGGACAGAUCGUCGAGACGGUGCAGGGCCCACGCUAGGAGGGCCUCCGUUCUGCCCAGAGAUGAUGUCCUUCCUGUCCUCGGAUGCGCAGAGCUUGGUCGGGUCCGCGGAAGACGUGCAGUCCAGCGCCGGCACCCUGCGGACAGAUCGUCGAGACGGUGCAGGGCCCACGCUAGGAGGGCCUCCGUUCUGCCCAGAGAUGAUGUCCUUCCUGUCCUCGGAUGCGCAGAGCUUGGUCGGGUCCGCGGAAGACGUGCAGUCCAGCGCCGGCACCCUGCGGACAGAUCGUCGAGACGGUGCGGUGGCCACACUAGGCCGGCCCCUGGUCGGCUCAGAGAAGAUGGCAUUCCUGUCUUCGGAUGCGCAGAUCUUGGCCGGGUCCGCGGAAGAGGUGCAGUCCAGCGCGAGCGCCCUAUGGACGGAUUGGCGAGACGGCCUCUGGAGUGUCGAACGUGGCGCUCGGAGAUUCUGUGGCACCGAUAUUGCGGAGCGGCGUGGCAGGACGGGAGGCCAGGGGUCCCCGUCCCGGGAGGGCGCUGAACGGGCCUGA